UCAAAAGUAAAGCAGUGUUUCUACAAUGGACAAGAGACUAAUGAAUAUCAGCAUAUUAGGUUUAGGUUUUAUGUUUGUCUUUACAUCGUUUUUGACCGUGAGCAAUAUCGAGAAAGCAGUUUUGAAAAGUAUCGAAAAAGACAAUCCAUCAUUUACGGGUGACGGGUACACGAGUCUGUGUAUUAUAUAUGGCGUGUUUGCUUUGUGCAACUGGUUGGCACCGKCAAUAAUUGGAGCAAUUGGUAGCCGGAAAUCUAUUUACUUGGGAUCGAUAUGUUAUGUAUUGUUUUUGACACCGUUCCUCUGGCCGUCCAACAUGCUGCUGUACACCACGUCUAUGUUGCUUGGUUUCGGCGCUUCAAUCAUUUGGACUGGACAGGGAACUUACUUGACCAUGAACUCGGACUCGUCGACCAUAUCUAGAAAUUCAGGAAUAUUUUGGGCCAUGUCAAAAAUAAGUCAAAACUUGGCUGUAUUUUGCGGGUUCCUUUUGGGUUUAGGAGACAGUGGUUUCACCACGCAAAUAUACAACAUAAUCGGAGUGAAAUACUCGAAUAACAGUGCUUCCGCCACGUCACUUUUCAUGUUUAUGCAGGCAAUGUCUGCAGCCAUUAGUUUCUUUUACAGCAAUCAGUUUGGAAUUUAUAUACAACUAAUCAUAUUGGCAAUAGUUAUGACCAUUGGCACUUUAUCGUUUCUCAAAGUAGACAAAUGUAUUUCCGUUUAAUAGAAUAAGAAUAACAAUGAAGAUAUUAUUAAAAUGGCCAAAAUCCAUUCAAUUAUAACGUCAUUGAUAAUAUAAUUAUAAAAUAUUUUA